ACCACCCACCCCGUUCGCUCGGGAAGCACUGCCCAUAUUUAUAUAUGGCAAUGAGAACUAGGCGAAACAUAGGACUCUCUUCUCUCUUUGUAUCAAUGUAUUAAGCAGUUUUGUUCCCUCUUUUUGUUUUCUUUAUCCGUUUUUAUCCAAAUUACAAGCAAUGGUGGAUACAAAUCCAUUCCUUCAAGCCUCCGUCUCUGAUGGGUCUGAUCCAAUAGGGCCUCAGGUAACUCGACGGAAACCCAUCAAAGAGCAGCUUUCAAUUUUUUUUGGGUUGUUAGCUGUUGGCUUGUGUGUGGCAUUCUUGAUAGGAAACAAUAUUUCAGAUAAUGCUCAUGAACAUGAAAACGAAUGCGGUUCAUUGGCUUCAUUGAACUCUAUGAAACCUGAACUUUUGCGGCCGGUGUCACGUGGCCCGGCUGCCGGUGUAUCAGAGAAAUCAAACCGGUUUUUUGCCAAGGUUGACGGGACAUUUCCGGCGUAUCCAUGGAACAAUAGCAUGUUGUCAUGGCAAAGAACAGCUUUUCACUUUCAACCUGAAAAGAAUUGGAUGAAUGAUCCUAAUGGUCCAUUGUUCUACAAGGGAUGGUAUCAUUUCUUCUACCAAUACAACCCCAAUGCCGCUGUGUGGGGUGACAUAGUUUGGGGUCAUGCUGUAUCCAAGGACUUGAUCCAUUGGCUUCACCUCCCAUUGGCAAUGGUUGCUGACCAGUGGUACGAUAAAAAUGGUGUCUGGACUGGUUCUGCCACAAUUCUCCAUGAUGGGAAAAUUAUUAUGCUAUACACAGGAUCCACUGCGGAGGCUGUUCAGGUUCAAAACCUUGCUUAUCCUGCUGACCACUCUGACCCUCUGCUCAUCCAUUGGGUCAAGUACCCAGGGAACCCUGUUCUAGUUCCACCCCCAGGCAUAGAUAACAAGGAUUUCCGUGAUCCAACUACCGCUUGGUUAACCUCUGAAGGGAAAUGGCGCGUUACCAUAGGGUCCAAGAUAAAUAAAACUGGCAUAGCUUUGAUAUAUGAUACUAAGGACUUCAUAAACUAUGAGAUGUUAGAUGGGUUACUUCAUGCUGUGCCCGGUACCGGCAUGUGGGAGUGUGUGGACUUCUUCCCUGUUUCAGAAACAGAAGAAAAUGGCUUGGACACAUCCAUUAAUGGACCUGGAGUGAAGCAUGUGGUCAAGGUAAGCUUGGAUGAUGAAAGGCAUGAUUACUAUGCCAUUGGGACUUACCUUGAGAAGAAUGGUACAUGGAUUCCUGACCAACCUGAAAUCGAUGUUGGCAUUGGAAUAAGGUAUGAUUAUGGAAUAUUCUAUGCUGCCAAGACUUUCUAUGAUCAGAAUAAAAAGAGAAGAGUGUUGUGGGGUUGGAUUGGAGAAUCUGAUAGUGAAGCAGCAGAUACGCAAAAAGGAUGGGCAUCUCUUCAGAGCAUCCCAAGGACAAUUUUGUUUGACCAAAAGACGGGUACUAAUUUGCUUCAAUGGCCAGUGGAAGAAAUAGAGAGUUUAAGGUUGAAGAGGAACGAAUUUAACCAGGUGAAAGUCCAGGCAGGAUCAGUUGUUCCUUUAAAUGUUGCUUCAGCCACCCAGUUGGAUAUCAUAGCCGAGUUUGAGAUUGAUAAAGAGGCUUUGGAGAGAGCAACUGGGUCCAAUGUAACAUUCAGCUGUAGAACCAGUGGUGGAGCUGCAGAACGUGGGGCACUGGGACCAUUUGGUCUGUUGGUGCUUGCAGAUGAGAGACUCUGUGAGCGGACUCCUGUCUACUUCUACAUUGCCAAAGGAUCCCAUGGCAAUCUCAAUACUUUCUUCUGCAAUGAUCAAUCUCGAUCAUCUGCAGCAUCUGAUGUUGAUAAACAAAUUUAUGGGAACUUCGUUCCAGUACUAAAAGAUGAAACCUUAUCCCUCAGAAUAUUGGUGGAUCAUUCGAUAAUCGAAAGCUUUGCUCAAGGUGGGAGGACAGUCAUCACAUCUCGGGUUUAUCCGACAAGAGCAAUCUAUGGAGCCGCUAAAGUGUUUUUAUUCAACAAUGCUACUGAAGCCAGUGUUACCGCCUCACUUAAGAUUUGGGAAAUGAACUCUGCAUUCAUUCGGUCCUAUCCACGUCAUCAGAAGUUCUAAAGGACCAAAAAGAAAUGAUUACUCCGAACAUCACCAUUCAUUAAUUCUUCUACCUAUUCAACCAAAUCAUCUCCUUGAUGGGAAAUAGAAUGGAAUUAGAUCUAGUUAGGGAAGAGUUAAAACGAAACGAAUGUGCAAACAUACAUUUGUAACUGCAGAGAGAACCUGA